GAUAAAUAAAGGAAACAUACCUUCUCACACAUAUCCCCCCCCCCCCACCUCCCUCCUCAAAUAAAGAAGUGGUAGGGGACGAAACGAACAUUAAAUAAUAAAAUAAUCAUAUUUGUUGCCCAUAACUUCGUUUUCAGGAUGCGGCGAAGCGUUAUUCGAACUCGAAAGGAGUUUCUCGAGCGCAGACAACAUGAGCGCGUGCACGAGGCCAUUGCAUCCCGGAAGGAGCAGUUUCAAGAGGCGAUGCGGACGGGCACGCCGCUGCCAGGCCACCUCCGCAAGGACGCCUUAGCGCUCAAAAAAUUCACCGAACUAGACGACGAGGAAACGCGCAAGUUGAAGACGACGAUUGACGACGAGUACGCGCUCGCCGGGAGUGAGGAUCCGCAUGUGCUAGUGAGUACCUCGCGUGGGGCUUCGCAGAAGUUGUUAGAGUUCGCGAAGGAGAUUCGUCUGGUGAUCCCCAACGCCGUUCGCGUGAAUCGUGGUAAUCUCAGUGUGCAUCAGCUGAUGGAGGCGGCCCGGCGUGAUAACUUCACCGAUGUGGUGGUCCUGCAGGAAUCGCAUGGCGUGCCGGAUAGCAUCACGAUCUCGCACCUCCCGCUCGGUCCGACGGUAACCUUCACCAUUCACAACUUAGUUACGCGGCAUGAUAUCGAGGGGGUGGGGACGAUGUCGGAGCAGUAUCCCCACCUCAUCUUUGAGAACUUCACGACGAAGUUAGGGCUGCGUAUUAAAGACGUGCUUCGCUUUCUCUUCCCCGUUCCGAAGCCGGAAGCGACGCGGGUGAUGACCUUCGAUAACCAAAAUGACUUUAUCAGUUUUCGCCAUCACACCUUCCACGCGGACCCGAAAAAUUCGAAGCAGGUGGAGCUCACGGAGGUGGGUCCGAGGUUCGAGUUGACGCCGUAUCGUGUUGUUUUGGGGACGCUUGAGAUGGAUGAUGCGGAGACGGAAUGGGUUCUUCAGCCCUACAUGAACACAGCAAAGAAGCGUCGCUUGCUGUAA